AUGGCGUCUCGACUGUCGAACAUUCCUUCUGAGUCCCACGGCGAAGACGAGUCGUCUUCUCCACUGGACUUUAUCUCCGCAGUAACCACCAUCUCCACCAUCUACAGUCGCGGGCGAUACCUCAACUUUGACGAUGUAGACGGCAAUCCACGGGAGAGAGAACAGUCUCUCCUGGGACAGGGCUCAGUCUUCGUUGCAUACAAGCGAGAGAUUCAACAAAAGGUUCCCUCCCAGACGCGGAUCGGCCAGUAUGACACCAAAUGCACGCCGGUCGUCUUCAAAAAGCCCAAGACGCUGUUUGACGCCUCAGGGCAGUGCAUGCUGCCCGAAGAUGUCGCAGGAUUUCUCAUGGAAGCUCGCAUUCUUUCCCACCGACCGCUCUACUGGCACCCAAACAUAAUCACGCUAAUGGGCAUUUCGUGGUAUUUCGACCUUUUCGUCAGGACGCCCGCAGUGCAACCACAGCUUGUUCUCGAGGUUGCCGACCAAUCCUUGGACAACCUGCUAAAGAGUUCCACCGACAUUCCCUUUCAAACCAGAAUUCGCAUCUCGUUGGACAUUACUAACGGUCUUUCGGCAAUCCAUGCGUGCGGCAUCAUUCACGGAGAUAUCAAACCGGCCAAUAUUCUUCUAUGCCACGCUUCAACGGGCCCAGACAGCACCUUCACAGCGAAGAUUGCAGAUUUCAGUCACUCCUGGGUGAGCAAGAAUGUUCCGUGCAGGCGGCUGGUUGGGUCCCCAAAUUACAGGGCACCAGAAAUUGUUCGCCGCGAAACGAUCGUCGACUUUCGACCGGCCGACAUCUAUUCUCUGGGCGCAACCUUGUGGCGAGUCCUCGUGAGAGAUGCGGAAAUUCCCGCAUCCAUCCCAUCCGGCGGUACGUUGCAAGGUGCCUCGUCUUACGACCCCUAUCUUGCAUCGAUUCUGGGAGAGCUGCGGCGGUAUCUACAGCAGGAUGCCAAUGAGGGCAGGUGGCCGUUCCUCCGGAACAUCUUCCGCGCUUCUCUUUCUCUAGUCCCCGAGUCUCGCCGCCUGGACAGCAUCCAGCAGGAAAUCCUUUUAAUAUUGCGCACGGGACAGGAUGCUCUCGACAGUGAGGAAUUGGCCGCCAUUAUGGGCCUGGUGAACUCGAUCCCGCCGAGUCCCCUGCCCAACCAAUUGCCUCAAAAGAUAGUGAUCAAUUACCAAUUGUUCCAGCGCGCCCGAGGUCCCGUUCACGAUCAAAUGAUGGAAGCUCUCUAUAGGAUUUCUCAUGACCCGAACGAUGUCAGGAGACCCCGAGCUCUCUAUGAGCUAGGAAUAUGCAACAUAGCCGGACUGGGGGAUCCGAAGAAUUCAGAUUACAAAGCAGCUCUUUUGAUGAUUCACAAAGCAGCGGAGCAGGGUGAAACUACCGCUCGAGCCUACAUCAGGCGCCUUCUAAAGACAUUUGCCAAAGGGGUGAAUGGACAGAGAGUCCUGCUGCCGGAGCUUCGAGUGCCGGUCGAAUGGGUCGCCGAGGCUGCUGUCGCUGGAUAUGAAGUUGCAUUCCAGGAAUACACCGACGGCGGCGUUUAUCGAAAGGGCAAAGAGUGGGUUUUGUACCGACGUGCGUCGUAUCGCUUUUGCUCGCCAUUAACCGUCCUUGAUGUGUCGCAUUUCCGACAGCUGAUUGAUGAGAUCCCCGGAACGCAAUGGAAGGAAAGGAUGAUAACCAACCAAGUCCGAGACACGGUUCUACAUUGGGCCGCGUAUUGCAAUUUGGAAGAUCAUCUCCGCCAUAUUCUUGACUACGAGGAUGUAGUUCGUGAGAUAAAUGCCCAGAAUGAUUAUGGGGAUACCCCCUUGAUCACUGCAUGCAGUGUGGGCAAUCUGGAAGCCGCGCUGUGUCUGAUGCAGGCCGGGGCAGAUGUCAAUAUAGUGAACACGCGAAAUGAAAGUUGCUUGCACCAUCUGUGGCGGUUUACCGAUGACAAAGGGAGUAUCAUCUUGCAUGAGCUGGUGGAACGUGGAAUCGACUGGGAGAUAGAGACGGACCCCCAUCGUCUUCCUGAAGCCGUCGCGGCAAGCAGUCCCGAGGAUGACCAUACCCUCUCUAUGGUGGAGCUUGACCCUCUUCCCGUUCUUCCCGGGAAGGCGAUCCAGCGCUUGGCCGGACGGGGUCGUACUGUUCUCCUUCAGGAGUUUCUUUUGCUUGCGCCCCCCAGUGAGCCGCGAGAUGGCAACCUCGUACGGCAGAUGAUUCGCUGGGCGUCUACUCUCUCAUUCCCCGAUACUAGGGAGGCACUAAUUAAGUAUGCAAGAGGACAGAGGCCGACGAACGAUCCUGGUAAUCUCGACGACGAGUGGUACUCUGUUCCUGUCGAAGACACAACCUUCGAAAUGGGCGGCCUCCAAAAGGGGUUUAUGGAUGCCGUCGCCCAAGGAUGGCAGUCCACUCGAAGAGAUGGAUGGAGGACCCCUGAUAUCUGGUGGAGGAUAUGCUGCCAUGGGCCAAGUUGGCAUGAACGGCUCCGUAGCACGAUGGACUCGAUAAUCUGGAGUUCCUCCAAGGCGCUUUGCUGCUACGAGGACACGCUGUUGUUUGCCCUACAGAUCCACAGUUCCAACUUUACUCGUCUCUUCCUCCGGACAUACACGAACACCAAACUAGCGUCUCGUAUCCGUGACAGGGACCGCGUAACUUGCACCUGCAAGCGCGGGGCAUCGACAGCUCUUGACACGAGAAGAAAGAUACGGCUCCAGCCAAUGGUAAGGCCAAUUGACAAGAUCUUCUACAAAGAUGGCCGGUCCCUGCUUCACCUGACUAUCAUUAUGGGUCUGAGACAGGCCUUCCUCGAUAUACUGCAUGAGUUUAAUGCAGAUGUUGAGCGACUAGUGGAAAGCUCAUCUUCCAGCGACUAUCCAUCUCACUCGCUGAAUUGUUAUUCAUUGGUGGCUAUGUAUUCGAAAGAUAGCUGGUUUAUGAAUGCGCUUCUCGAAGCUGGCUUGGAUUACCACUACUCCGGUCCACUGCAAAGCUUGUUCAGCUGGACGGUGGUCACUCCUUUUAGUCCCUGGUUCAACUCAUACUAUCUUUUCAUCCCACCAUUGCUGCAUGCUUUCGAUCACGGAUACCACUUUUUAGUGCGAUUCCUCCUUGACAAUGGGGCUAAGAUCGAUGAGGAAAUAACUCCUUACUCAACUGUCUUCGAUUACAUUCUCUCGCCCGCAUUGAUCAAUAGAGCCACGCUGCGGUUUCUUUUCUCCAAGAAUGGGCUCUACUCAGGUGAAGACGGCGCGAUGAAGCAAAUCAGUCCGUCCUUACUUCCGCAGCGUCUCUUUAAAGAAGGAAACGGGCUACGUAUCUUCCAGCUAAUUUGCGAACAGCAACAGCUGAGAUCUGAUGAGACUCUUUCAGUGUUUCAUCAAUUCAGAAGGGCACAUCUCUGUCAAUACCCGUUUGAUCUUUAUAUGAAUUGCCUGUGGAAGUCCGGUGCACAUCUACUGUCGCCUGCGGUCGUAUUACCCUUCAAUAUCCUGUAUCUUCCCAUUCUCUACCACACAUCACAAUCGCCUGUUCCCUGGCAUCAAUUCAGGCAAGCCAAGCAAUGGGCGAGGGUCAUGUUAAGUAAGCCCCUCGGAAGACAUCCGGGCGCCUCGGACGAGGCGGCGAGGGAUGAGACCUAUUUCAUUGAUAUCUGGAAUGAGCUACUACGCAUAUUCCCGAACACUCAAGUGACGCCCCUGUGGUACCGCGAAGGCUACAGCUUUUAUCGCUCGAGAUCUCUCCUGGCAAUGGCUCUCAUUGGCAACAAAAACACGGAUUUCGGACCGUGGCUGAUGAGCACUCCCACCAUUUGCCAUCACAGUCGCUGGUCAGAAGAGGCAGAAAAGAAAUGGUCACAGCCGAAUUCAAUUGCCCAGGCGACAACAAAGCUCUAUGAAAAGACAAUUCCAUCCCAUCAGCCCUCGCUAGUGAAUUUCUUCUUCUACGAUGAUUACGACUUCCUCCCCAGCGACAGCGAGAUCGCACGAACGCUAUACGAGAUGGGACACCGUCACUCGCUUCUAUACUUCCACGAAGUCCGCAUAAUACUCAUCCUCAUUGCGCUAGCUGUCCCCUUCCUCGUCUACACCAUGAUCGUCCUCCGCCGCAUCACAGUCACGGUAGCAGGUGUCAUUCUUUUCUACCCCUCGCUCGUCCUAUCACUGUUCGAGCGUCCAUACCUCCAUUUGGUUCCCUUGAACCUCUUUAUGCUCGUGGGAUGGCCCUUUGCCAGUAGACCGUUUAUCCAGAUCACGCUACUGGUGCUGUAUUGGCUCGGCUACGUGUUCUCUUUCAUCUUUCUGUGCGGCCUAGCAAAUCGGAUGCUUCAGACAGGUCAAUUGCGUUCGACGGAUCGAUUCCUCUGCAAUGCUUUGUUACCGCAGUUUGAGUAUACUGGGUAUUCUCCUCUUCGUUUGUUUAGGCGACCGAAGAACCGUGAAUUUCCUCUGGAGAAUAGAACGCAGGCUGCUGUAUAA